AUGCCUUUGAAUAUAAUAACCACAAUAACUGUGAUAUCUGCAGUUGCUGUGUAUUAUUUCCUCUUAGGUGGAAGGUUUUCAGUUUCAUUGAUGAUUUUGACUACAUAUGCUAUCUACUAUACUGAAAAUAACAAAACCAAUAAUGAACCUGUCUCUGACAAUAAAAAUACAGCGGUUACUUCUACCACUUCUGCUGUGGAAGAGGAUAUCGAACUUAUCAAGACUGAGAAGAAAGGUGGAAGUUGUUGCUCAGGAGGAAAUGGUAAGAAUGGCGGUAGUGGUUGUUGCUCUAGCAAAAACAAAAAUAGUGCUACCAAGAAAAGUGGUAAAUCUUGCUGUUGUUCAGGUAAAAAAAAGAAACUAACUAAAGAAAAUGAACAAGAAAGCGAUACUUCCUCUAACGAUGAUUCUGAUUCAAUGACUAUUGAUUUUACCGGCUCAUUUGUAACAAAGAAGAAAAAAAUGAAAUCCGCAAGAACUCCAAAGGUCUUUACCAACAGUAAGAAUGACUCUUCCAUCCAAUCUUCCAUUACGGAAGAUGUCCCCAUUGAUGAAACCAAAAUAACCGAUAAAAAUAUCUUGAAAUCCAAUGACGCCGAAUUGAUCAAAAGUGCCCUAACUAUAUCUAACGAUACCUUAUUAAAUUCACAAAUAUAUGUCUUUUACAGUUCAUUGCAAGGUGCUGCAGAAAGGUCUGCCAUUAAAGUCCAUAAAAUAUUAUCAAAUAUGGAAGAAUUGAAAAAUGAGCCCAAAUUAAUGAAUCUUGAUGAAUUAAACGAUAUUGAUGAAUAUUUCGUUGAUGUUCCCUGUGAAAAUGCAUUAUACAUCUUAGUUUUACCAUCUUAUGAUGUCGAUUGUCCAUUAGAUUAUUUCUUACAAACUUUAGAAGAAAAUUACAACGAUUUUAGAGUGGAAGGGUUCCCAUUACGUAAAUUGGUAGGUUAUACCGUUCUUGGUUUGGGUGAUUUGGAAACUUGGGUUGAUAAAUUUUGUUAUCAGGCAAGAAAUGCUGAUCAUUGGAUUGCUAAAUUAGGUGGUAGAAGAAUUUUCCCCGUAGGUGAAAUUUGUAUGAAAACUGGUGGGGACCCCAAAAUUGAAGAAUGGGCUACUUUGUUGGCAGAAACUUUAAAAGAUGAUGAACCAAUCAUUUAUGAAUAUGAUGAAACUUGUGAUAUUGAAGAAGAUGCAGGUGAAAUGUAUGCAGAUGAUGCAGGCAGUGACGAUGAAGGUUUAGCUGAUGUGGAAGAUCUAGCCGGUAAAGAAUCAAAAAACAAAAAUUCCAUGGAAAUUAAACAAAUGGUUACCAAGGAAAGUCCAACCUAUAGAAAUUUAACUAAACAAGGUUAUAAAGUCGUUGGUUCCCAUUCUGGUGUCAAGAUUUGUAGAUGGACUAAGAAUGAAUUACGUGGGAAGGGGUCAUGUUAUAAGAAAUCAUUAUUUAAUAUUGCAUCCAGUAGAUGUAUGGAAUUAACACCAUCUUUAGCAUGUUCAUCAAAAUGUGUCUUUUGUUGGAGACAUGGUACUAAUCCGGUAUCAAAAAAUUGGAGAUGGGAAACGGAUGAUCCUGAAUAUAUAUUAGAAAAUGCCCUCGCAGCUCAUUAUUCCAUGAUUAAACAAAUGAGAGGUGUUCCAGGUAUCAUUGCUGAAAGAUUUACUAAGGCUUUCAAAGUGGGGCAUUGUGCUUUAUCGUUAGUUGGUGAACCUAUCAUGUAUCCUCAUAUUAAUAGAUUUGUUGAGUUAUUACAUGAAAAGGAAAUUACUAGUUUCCUUGUUUGUAAUGCACAACAUCCAGAAGCAUUAGAAAGUGUUGGCAAAGUUACACAAUUAUAUGUUUCCAUUGAUGCACCAACUAAAGAUGAAUUGAAAAAGGUGGAUAGACCAUUGUACAAAGAUUUUUGGGAAAGAAUGCUUCAAUGUUUGGAUAUUAUUAGGACUAAACAGAGUCAUCAAAGAACGGUCUUCCGAUUAACAUUAGUGAAAGGCUUCAAUAUGGGUGAUAUUAGCUCAUAUGCAGAUUUAGUUCAAAGAGGUCAACCAUGUUUCAUUGAAGUCAAAGGUGCUACAUUUAGUGGAUCUUCUAAUGGUAAUGGUAAUCCAUUAACUAUGCAAAAUAUACCGUAUUAUGAAGAAUGUAAGAAAUUUGUAAAGAAUUUCUCAGAAGAAUUACAAAGGCGUGGAUUAGGUUAUGAGGUUGCUGCAGAACAUGCACAUUCUAAUUGUAUUCUAAUUGCCAAUACAAAUUUCAAAGUUAAUGGAAAAUGGCAUACACAUAUUGAUUUCGAUAAGUUUUUCGAAUUAUUAAAUUCUGGUAAAGAUUUUACUUAUUUGGAUUAUAUAUCUAAGACUCCUGAAUGGGCAUUAUUCGGUAAUGGUGGAUUUGCUCCUGGGAAUGUCAGAGAGUUUAGAAAAGAAAAGAAAAUUCAAGCUAAAAAGAUACGAUUAGAGGAAGAGAUAAAAUCCCAAGACUUGACAGAAGUUAUUGAUGAAGUAGAAAAGCCAAUGCCUGAGAUACCAACUGCAGUGAAAGCUUAA